CCUGUGGCCUGCAUAUCGAUAGACGACGGUUGACAAUUUUGAAUAUUUCAAAUUCAAACAAUAUUUUGUGUAGAAUCCGUUUUAUGUUAAUUAUUGUGUUUUGUGAUGUAAAAUGUGUAUUUUGAACUGUGGAUUUCACAUGUGAUAUAUAGUUAGAACUUGGACCACAAUAAUGUAUUUUGAAAUAGAGAAUACGCCGGAGCAUAUAAGAAAGACGAGAAGACCAGCUACUGCCCUACAAAAAUCGCCUAAAGAAGAAUGUCCGCGACUUAUUCUGGCUCCAUUUUCAAGACCACCUCAAGUGGUGUUCGACAAUGUCCUCAUUGGCAACGCUUGCGAAAGAAUGUUGGAAAUACAAAAUCCAUCCAAAGUGGUGCAGAGGAUAACUCUGGAGAAGAGCUUGCCCCCUGGACUAAUAAUACACUUACCAGAGGAAUGGCUUGAUGUUGAACCGGAUAUAAUAUACAGCUUGACAAUGACAUGGACACCUAUGCAACCCACUGCAAGCCGCAGCACAAUUCGCUUUACAAAUGAUAACAGAGGCAGAUAUGAUGUGGUUGUGGUCUUGAAGUCUACAUUGAACAUAAAGGGUAAAACUAAACAAUCCAAAAGUUUAAAAGUUACACCAGGAAAGAUUAAAAAGAAGGUAGUGAAGAAAUCCCCAGUUGACAUUUACAAGCGAAAAAUGAAAAAAACAAGUCCACACAAACUGUUACAGACAUAUAACAAAGAAAACAUUUCGACAAUAACUGAUUAUUCAAUAGACACGCAAAGUAAAAAAUGUCCCUUUGACUCACCAACUAGCAUUGAACUCAACUUCAAUACAUCUGAGAUAUUUUCAAAUGUAAGGAAGCCUAACUUACAUGACACAUAUGACAGAUCCUAUGGGAUUACUGAUAAUAAAUUAAACAUUCCCCAGAAUGUACUAAAGCCAUUCAAUAAACAAACUUAUGACAAUUCAGCAACAGAUAUAUUUGAUAAUGUUGUGUUCACACCAUUAAAAAGUUUAAAAACAGUUUCUACAAAAACUGAGAAAUUAGAAAAAGGCCCCAAAAUAAUUUUAAGUGUUAAUUCAGAGAGCGAUUUCGACGAUAGCUUAGAUUUAAACACCAAUAAAGAAAAUGAGACUCAUUCAAUAGUUAGCAUAACAUCAGCACAACCAAACAAAUGGUUAACAGUGAACACUCAUUACGAAUCGCAAUUUACUGAAACACCAACCAUUCCUAACAAGAAACAACCGAAUACGUCCUCUCCGAAGGAAUUAAAUAACCCAGACUUCUCUAUAAAUACGGAAUUUUCACGUAUUAGUGAAUUGUCUUUUCUGCCCCAAAGAUUUUCUACCGAGAGAAAAUGUUUUGCUAAAUUUAAUAACGAGACGCACGAUGUAAUAAAUGACAUAAAAUUAAAUUCUGACACCUACACAAAAGACUCGCCGAAUACACCCGUGGAGCUAAAUUUCGGGCAGUUUGUCAUGAAACCGCCGUAUUAUUUCAUGAAGGAACAGCAACCAAAAAUGUGUAGACAAGCUCUGUUCAGGGAAUAUAAUCAGCAAAGAGAAAUUCAAGACAAAUUUUUCCUAAAUCAAUGUGACCAGAAUGUUUGGCAGAACAAUCUUAGAACUGACGUAAGAUCUCCCCCGAGGUCUAUAACUCCUCCUCUCCAAUCAAUCCCUGAAGAAAGUGCUCAAAUUUCAGAUAUCUACGUAUUGGACAAAACUGAUAAACGAACGUCUACAUUCACAAUUAAUCGAACUUUUGAUAAAAAUGACGACAAAUGUGCUAUGUCCGCUUCCAACAGACAGUCGUGGUCGAAGAAAGCUGUUAGGGCUGAGCCAGAUCUUUGGAAAAUCCCUGUAUCAUUUGCAAAGAAGUCCCUUAAAUCUAGGACAUCUAUUAAAAGCAAAGAUUCACUAGUUAACAAACCUAAUGUCACCUUUGAGAGUAAUAAAAGCAUAAAUCAAAACAUAUCCGUUAACAUGAUCGGAAAUGUUUAUUCCCAAUCGACAACUGUAGAUCCCUUCUUAUCUACGAGUUACUUUUACGAUGAAGGGGCAGUGGAAAAAUUUGAAACUGAAUUUAAGAGGUGGCUAAAUUACAUAUUGACUCCUCCCGCCGAUCUCGAUAGCAAUGUUGAACAGAAGAUUGACGUGGGUAAGGCGUGGAUAGAGAAUAGAAAUAAGGAAAUACCCGCAGCGCCUACAAAAGAACAGGUUUCUAGCGCUUAUCAUAAUAGCCAUCGACUCGAAGGACUUCGCAGAUCAGCGAGAAACUUGUUAUUGAGUGCGGAUAUCGCACAAGUCUUUCUAAAACUAAAUGCUCAGAUUGAAAAGAAACUCAUAGCCAUAAGGAAUGACCGAAAUCUGCACCUAGAUAUUGGCUUGCAGAAAAUUAUAAUGGAGUUGUUGCUAUCGUAUAAUCCUUUAUGGCUUCGUAUAGGAUUAGAAGCGAUAUACAGAACUGUAUUGCCACUAAGGUCAAACAGCGAUAUAGAAGGCUUAACGACAUUCAUAAUCCAGAGAAUGUUCAAAAAUCCAUUUCUCAAAAACAAACACUCCAAAUCUUCUGCACCGAAUAUGUUAUUACCUGCCUACAUGGAGGCCAUCAAAAAGUUUACAUUGAAGAAAUUUUUCAUGCUCGUAUUCUUUUUAGAUCAAGCCAAACAGAAAAAACUCAUUCCUCACGACCCUUGCCUUUUCUGCAGAAAUGCUGUUUGUAAAGAAAGUAGAGAAAUCGUCAUUCGAUUUACGAGAGAAUUGAUAGCCGGAAUAGGAGACGUUACUAAACAUCUUCGACCUUUAGGCUAUGUUUUAAGCCAUAAACAGUCUUAUUUGGACGAAUACAAAUACGCGGUACACAACAUAGCCGUAGACAUACGAGAUGGUGUUAGGUUGACUAAAGUUAUGGAAAUAAUACUAAUGAGAAAUGGAUUGUUGAAUCAGCUUAGAACACCUGCCAUAUCACGACUGCAGAAAAUUCACAACGUUCACGUUGCAUUAAAUGCGCUGAAAGAAGCCAAUUUCGUUAUUUUUGGUGACAUCACUCCUACAGAUAUUGCUGAUGGGCAUAGGGAAAAAACAUUAUCUCUACUGUGGCAAAUCAUUCAUGUAUUCCGUGCGCCCCUGUUUGAGAAAGCUGCAAACGUUAUCCAAGCUUGGUGGAGGAAAAAAUACGAAGUUAUCGUAGAGAAACGAAAAGAAGAAGAGCGGGUAUUGCACAUAAAGAAUGAGGCGGCAAGCAUCAUUCAGCGUUGGUGGCGCAAAAUUCAAUAUGAUCGCCUGGUGGAGUGGGAGAUGCAACGGAUUAUAACUGCGACCAUUAUAAUUCAAAAGUUUUGUCGAAUGUGGCUAUGCCGCACUCAUUAUCAGCAGUUGAAAUGCAGCGUUUUAAAGAUCGAAACUUGGUAUAAGUCUGCUAAAUUGAUAAGGGAGGCAAAAAUGCAACUUCAGCGGUUACAACUAGAAAGAAAACAACUAGAGGAGAAAUCGGCCACAACGUUACAGAGAUAUGUGAGACGCUGGCUGUGUAUGAGGCAAUAUAAAUCAACAGUGACAAAAGUGAUAAUAAUACAAAGCAAUGUUCGACGAUUCCUUGUCCGAAGAGAAUAUAUUCGGCUUAAGAAAUCUGUAAUAUACGUACAGCAAAAGUAUAGAAGCAAGCAGUUGAUGAAAAGGCACAUCAAGGAAUUAGCUUAUAAGAGACGAUGCGCUAUUAUUAUGCAAAGCUAUUACAAAAUGAUGAAGCAACGUAAAGCAUUCCUAAGGUUGAAAAAUGCAGUUCGUGUCACAGAGGAUCGUUAUAUAGCUCUAGUAAAAAUGAGAAAAAACCGUCAAAAAUAUGUAGAAUUGAAACGAAAUGUUAUUUCCAUGCAAGCUCUAUACAGACGUAAGAAAUGUCGUCAGGAAUAUUUAAGGAAAAUGCAAUGCAUCAUACUUCUACAGAGAAAAUUUCGAGCCCAACUUUUUAUGAAGAAAGAAAGAGCUAAUUACUUACGUACAAGAGAAGCAGCGAUUGUCAUUCAAAAAUAUAUAAGAUCGUACUUGUACAUGAAAAAUGCUCGAAAACUUUAUGUCGAACAACGGAAAUCAGUAAUUCUGAUACAAAAGUAUUAUAGGUCUUACAUUAUCGCCAAAACUCAAAGGACAUCAUAUGUUCAGCUACGAAAGGCAGCAAUUACUUUACAACGGUCAUAUAGAAGUUUAGUAUUAAUGCGGCAGCAUAGAAAUAAUUUCUUAAAUCUCAAAAAGGCUACUGUAACAAUUCAGAGACGGUUCCGAGGCCAGAUGGCAAUGAAAAAAGAAAAAGAGAAUUAUGACGCGCUUCGUAAAGCCGCUUUAGUGAUGCAGCGAAGGUACAGAGCCCAACAGGCAAUGCGAAAAGAACGAUCCAGCUAUUUGACCCUUAGGUCUUCUUGCAUAGUAAUACAGCGCUUCCAUAGGGCCUGUGUUCAAAGAAAUAUCCAAAGACAUGACUUCCUAAAGAAGAAAGUAGCUGCCAUCAAAAUACAAACUUGGUUCAGGAGUGUCAUGGUACAAAAGCAAGUAAGACAAGAAUAUGAACAAACUAAGACUGCUUGUGUAUUAAUUCAAAGAGUUUUUAGAUCUUAUAUUAUGACUAAAAAGAUACGCACUGAAUACGUGAAGCUCAGAACCGCCACAAUUAUCAUUCAGAAGUACUUUAGAUGUUACAUAGAAAUGAAAACUGCACGGGAACAAUAUUCGCAGUUAAAAACGGCAACAGUCACCAUUCAGAAAUUCUACAGGUCCUAUUUAGAAACUAAGAAGCAAAGAAAAAUUUAUUUGCAAAUGAAGUCUGCUGUAUCGACGAUUACAAGUUACUAUAGGCGCCACAAAGAAUUUGUAACGACAAGGCAAAGAUACUUGGACCUUAGAAAAGCAACAACGAUAAUACAAAUUAGGUACCGUAGUUUAAUAGCAAUGAGAGAGCAUCGAAGUGAGUAUUUGAAACUGAGGAAAUCAAGUAUUGUAAUACAGCAAAGAUACAAAGCUUUUCUGGCAAUGAGAAAAGAGCGUGCAGAAUAUUUGAAAUUACGAGCAGCGGCCAUAAUCUUACAAAGACUUUACAAAGCAAACAGCUUAAUGAAAUUUGAAAGAAAUAGGUAUUUGAACACAGUGAAGGCAUGUGUUUCAAUUCAAAGUUACUUUAGGGCGUACUUGGAAGCAAAGAAACAACGAGAAUAUUAUUUAUCGUUAAAGAACUCUACUGUUGUAUUGCAAAAUAGAUACAGAGCACUGCUUUCGAUGAGAAAGGCAAGGCGAGAGUAUUUACAACUUCGAUCAGCUGUUGUAGUCGUACAAACAGUGUUUAGGGCGAAGAUUCUUAUGAAAACAGAAAGGAUAACAUUUUUGCGAAUCGUGAGGUCGUGUAUUACAAUACAAAGGCAUUACAGAGGAUAUGUGGAGGCUAAGAGGCAAAGAGAAAAUUAUUUGAUGUUACAACAAGCCACUGUUGUGCUGCAGAGAAGAUAUAGAGCACUGCUUACGAUGAGGGAAAUACGGAGGGAUUAUUUACAACUACGAUCCGCUGCUGUCACCGUUCAAACACUGUACAAAGCUAUGCGUCUCAUGAAAAUUGAGAGGACGAGAUAUUUACGUACAGUCAAUGCAUGCGUCACUAUUCAAAGACAUUACAGGGCAUAUGUAGAGGCCACGAAACAACGAGAAAGUUAUUCAACUUUAAAAACGGCUACAGUAUCUUUACAAAGGCGUUUUAGAGCUUUGAUUAUAAUGAGACAGACGCGGCGAGAAUACCUGCAAUUACGAUCAGCCGCUAUAACCAUACAGACUAUGUACAGGGGAAAAGUUGAAAGAAAUAGAUAUCUACGUAUUAUGAGGUCGUCUGUCAUUAUUCAAAGGUUUUAUAGGGGCUAUGUAGCAACUAAAAAACAGAGACAAAGUUACUUGGCAUUGAAAGCAGCAGCAGUCGUACUGCAAAGGAGGUAUAGGGCUUUAUGCGCAAUGAGGACGACAAGAACCAUCUACUUGGAGUAUUUAAAACAAAAGAUACUAAGAGAGUCUGCAGCGAUUUGCAUACAGAAGAAUGUAAGACGGUAUUUGCAGCAAUCAUGGUAUAGAAAAUAUUGCAAUAUGGUAAUAUUAAUUCAGAGAAUUUGGAGAGGAAAGUUGCAUACAAGAUUGAUAAGGUGCAUGUUCUUGCAAAAACGGCGAAUCGUAAUAAGUGUUCAAGCAAUUGCAAGGGGUUAUUUGGUGAGGAAGCAAUUGAAGGUGCAAAGAGAGAAUGUCUUAAAAGUUCGAGAAGAACAAAGGCGUAACUGGGCUGCUUCUAAAAUCCAGGCUCUGUUUCGCGGACACAAAGUUCGUGAAGCCAUUUCUCACGAUCGGCGAGUGACGGAACUUCGACUCCGAUGGCGCCAAGGUGGUCUCAACUCCGACCAAGAGACCCUCAAGGAGCGAAAUGAAGAGGUCAUGCAUGUGCUUCGGAAUAUGUGCGACAUAGAAACCGUCAUCAGGGCGUUCAGAUCACUAGAGUUACUAACGGAGGUAUUCCCCAUGAUGUACAACGACGUCGCCGCGUCGAUAGUGCGUCGCGUGUACGUCUACAUGUCGGUAACGAACAGAUCCAUUUCCAGCAUAGAAGUGUUGAAGUCUGCCGCCGCUGUGCUUGUCAAUCUGACGCGAUAUAGGUUCACUGGACCGAAGAUUUAUGCUCGACAUCGUAUACCAGCUAUAUUAAAGUUCAUGUUUCGCUUCAGUAAUAGUGAAACCCAAUUGUUUUGUAUACUAGCGACAUAUCUGUGGCUCUUUGCUAAAUAUGACGGUGUUAGAGAGGAUUUGAAGGAAUACUUCCACGAAAGCGAAAAUCACAAAAUGCUUAUAAGCAUCAAGAGAAAUAUAGAUCGAAUGAAGCGAAUGGCGUGCAAUGUGACCAGGAAUAAACAGCCGGUUCAAAACGCAAGGGCCUCGCUUACGCAUUCGUUUAAUCAGAGCAUCAGUAGUACGGGAGCGUGUAGAAGUAACUCAUUACUGCCGGCAUUAGAGCCAGAUUACGGCAUAAUCAGAGCCGACAAGCCGCGAUACUUCGUGGACGCGCAGCAAGCUAUCGACUGCCUUUUCUAUACAUACGCGUUGUGAAUUAUGCACAUAUCAUAGUAAUAUAUUUUUAGCUUAUAUUCAUUUGUUAAGCCGAAGACGUCCUCGACAGCAUAUUUCGUCAAUAUACUUAAUUGAUAGCAUCUACAAGAGUAAAACUUGUAUAUUACGGCAUUAGAAGUAAUUUUAACUUAUGCUUAAACAUUAUCAUUAUUGCACAGUAACCGUUAUUAUUUUCGAUAAAGUUGGUAAGAGUUUCUCCAUAUGUGCCUAUUACAAGUUAAAUAACGGUUAUUAACAUAAUAUUAAGUUGUAUAAUAAAUUUUUGACUAAUAUAAUUUAAUUUGUUCAGACGGAUUCUAAACUUUUGAAUCUUAAACAUCUAGCUUCACCCAGCCGUGGGAAAGUUGCUGUGGCGGGAGUCAGCAACAAUUAAAAAAUAUCUUGUUGUUAAUAUGACAAAAUAAAACCCCCUUAUUCAUGCACAUUUUUAUCUAAGGACGAAGCAUUACUGUGAUAACAAGUUUGUUUCUCAGCUUUGUUUAUCCGACAGCCAACUAGAUUCAAGUUGUAUCUCAAUAUUAGCCAAUCACAACGGCCCUAUGUCUCCGCAUUGUGAAGGCUGCCAUGCCGCCAGCACUAAGAAACAUACUUGUUAUCACAGCAAAGCUUCGUCCUUAGAUAAAUAACGUCUAUGAAUAGCGGGGAAAGACAGCACGGCUGCCGUUGCCUGUAGGGUUGUUGGCCUCAAAACCGAAUUCUGUUAUUUAUUAUAUCGCGUUAUAUGAACUGAUUAUGGUGAUAGUUAUUGUUUUCAUAUAGUAUGUAAAGCUCAUUCCUAGAUGAAAUGCGUUUUUAUUUUUGCGAAAACUUUUUAUUGAUUUCGACAAUAUUAUUUUACAAUUCAUAAAUUCAAUUUGAUGCACCUUAUUAAAUACUAUAUUCAUGACGCAUGUUUUUGAAUGAGCUUUAGUCGAGAUGUGUUAUUAUAGUUUAAUAAUGUUUUUCUAACAUUUCAUGUGCUGUUAACAAUAAUUAUAAUUGUGUAUUUUAUGACAAAUAAAAAUUUCAAGA